CCAAGCUGAAAGACCACUACCACCCACAAAGAACCACCGAUCCUAACACACAUAUCAAUAGCACUCAGAUCCAGUGAUCUCUAGAGUCCCGACCUCCACCAGACCACAACUCAACCCAACCCAACAACGAACCUCCGCAAUGGACUUCCCAUAUCCCCCCCAAAAGCGCGACAGCAACAACAACAACACCACCACCACCAGCCUCACCGACAAACCACCAGACUACAAAACCUCCCCAACCGCAUGGCUCGCCGCCAUCGCCCGAGCAGCCUUCCCGCCCACCGACUGGCUCGGCACGUGGGAGGUCCAGGUCACCACCGACACAGCCCCAGCCUCCGACGACCACACCCCCCUGCGACGUGAUCACCGUCUCCCAUUCCGGAGGGCACACCCAUCUGAUCCUCGUCGCCGGCCCGGAUGAGAUCUCCCUCGAGUCCCCGGGAUCCGACGCACAAGAAAAAGAAAACGACGCCGCCACCGUCUGGCAGCGCCGCCGGGCGUGUCUGCAGCAGCAGUGGGAUCGCUACUUGCCCGAAGACGACGAAUGCAUGGAUUGCAUCCGCGGCGCCGUGCUCGUCCGCGGCGAGAUGGUCUUCGGGGAGUACCCGGACCCGGUCUGCUACCCAUCGUGGAUCAACACUACGGAUAAUGAUGCACCACCGGUUGAGCCGUGGAAGAUGUCCGAGGAUGAAAGGCAAGGCUCGGUUCGCCGAUAGCCUGCUGCGUACCCGGAUAUGUGUCGGGGGAGCCCCGCAAUGCGGUGGCGAAAUGGCUCUGUGCGCAGCUAGGGCUGUCGUUCGCGACGUGGAGGGGGAUUCAGGAGGAUUGAGUUGGUUGAAUAAACAGCCCCCAAUUUGUAGUUGUCAUGAUCCGAGAAAGAGUUACAGUUGAAUUUUGAAUAUAUACUGAUAAUUAUAACUUUGAU